UUUUUUUUUUAUUUUAUUUUUUUAUAUAUAACAAACCUCAUUUGCAUUUAUCGUAUUCAUUGGUUUGUAGAGAUAAAUAAGAAUCAAAUUAUAGACUCAAGAUUAUGGAUAUAUCUGUUCUUUUUCGUAAACGACGACCAUCACGCUUGACUAUGGGACAAACAUCAUCUGAACGAUUAUUGUUACCACAACCAACAGAAACUAAUAAUAGAAGGGAGAUCCGAUCAGAAGUGACUGGACCACCAACAAAAGAUCAUUGGAAGAUUGACAACGAUGUAACUAGUUGUGCCUAUCCUAAUUGUUCAAGAAUAUUUGGUUUUUUUCAACGACGACAUCAUUGUAGAAAGUGUGGUGACAUAUUUUGUGCAAUUCAUUGUUCAAAUUAUUUACGAUUGAAUCAAGAUUCAGAAUUUCAUCCUCAGGGGUUCCUCUCUCGUGGUUGUGAUGAAUGUGCAGAUAAAUGGCGGCAUCCUUCUUUGACUUUAACCUCAACUUCAACAGAUUCAUCAGACGGCAGGUCCGUGGAAGAACAAGGAAAAGGAGGGAAAUCUAACCGAAAUCGACAUGCUGGUAUAAUGACAUUACAACCUCAUGCUAUGGAAGGUGUAUUAGAACUUGGACGGGAUGACAUUGUUCAAGUCGAUACAGAAGAUAAGGAUAAGAAUGGAAUGAAUAUUGGAUCAAAAAAGAUGGAUGGCGUUUUUAAUACGGUGGCGAUGUCUGUUCCAGCUGAUUGGCAUUGGUCAACUUUUUGAAUGUUAUCAACAAUUGUCUUUUUUUU